CAAGUAACUUGAAAAAUUCAAUGACUGGCCUCUAGGAUUCCUCAUUGGUUUGUUUAUAUCCAACAGAUCUGGCAUAGACCAACACCUCAAAAGAAAGAGGUCAAGAGUGUUUGUUUAGAUAACUUAUGAUUUCCGAUACCUUUCUCCAAACGAGCAAUUAUUUCACAAAGGAGAAGUCAGUGAUAGGAGAGAAAAAGAGCUCCUCGGCAUCCUCUUUGCACCUGCAACUAUAGCUUCAUGCAUGGCAGCACAUGAUGGGGCUUCCUCCUCCUCUUCCUCCUCUUCUAUACCAAACACUUUCGAUGUGUUUCUCAGUUUCAGGGGUGAAGAUACCCGCAAUAACUUCACUGUUUUCCUUCACAAAGCUUUGAUAACAGAAGGAAUCAAUGCAUUUAUGGAUAGCGAAAACCUUUGGGGUGGAGAAGAGAUUGGACCGGCAGUCCUCCAAGCAAUCGGGCGAUCCAAAAUCUCUAUUCCUAUCUUCUCUAUAGGCUAUGCAGAUAGCAAAUGGUGCCUCCUUGAACUGGCUGAGAUUGUUCAAUGCCAUAAAUCCGAAGGUCAAAUAAUUCUUCCCAUAUUCUUCGAUGUUGAUCCAACAGAUGUUCGCCAUCAGACCAAAAGUUUUAUACAAUCGUUUAAGAAUCACAAGGAUAAAUUUGAUGACCGUACCAUAGAGGGAUGGAAGAAAGCGAUGACUAUGGCAACAGAGCGAACGGGAUACGAACUCAAGCAAGUAAAUGGGAAUUUAUUAAAGCUGGUCGACAAAGUUGUUGAUAGGGCUUUGAGUGAACUGGAUUGUGGUCGCAUGGGAGAUAUUAAAUAUCCUAUUGGACUGCAUGACCAUGUGGAAAAUCUAUCACUUCUAUUAAACGCUGGCUCCAAUGAUGAUGUUCAAUUUGUGGGAAUAUGUGGUAUAGGAGGUAUUGGGAAGACAACUAUUGCAAAAGCUUUUUACAAUAACAACUAUAACAGAUUCAUUAGCAGUUGUUUUCUUGCAAAUAUUAGAGAGGAAGCAUCCGGAUUAAAGGGAUUAGUUCCUUUGCAAGAGCAACUUCUUCAUAUUGUCUCCAAAAAAAGAGUCAAUGGCCAAGUAUGGAAUGUUCACAGGGGACAACAAUUGAUAAAAGAAAGACUACAAGUUGAAAAUGUUCUUCUUAUUCUUGAUGAUGUGGAUUGUAUUUCACAACUCAAUGCUUUGGCUAUUGAAUCAAAUUCUUUCGGUCGAGGUAGUAUAAUUAUCAUAACAUGUAGAGAUGAACAUAUUUUAAAGGUGGCUAAAGUUGAUGAAGGAAAAAUAUAUUGGCCCAAAGAGUUGGAUACUAACCGAUCUCUUCAACUCUUUAGUUUGCAUGCAUUUUCAAGUGACCAACCCCCUGAAGAUUAUAAACAACUUUCCAAUGAUGUGCUACACUUGGCGGGAGGAUUGCCAUUGACUCUAGAAGUUUUGGGUUCUUAUCUCUGUGACAUAAGAGAAAAAGAUGUAUGGCAAAGUGUCUUACGAAAAUUGAAAAGAAUUCCAAAUAAUGCAGUCAACAAAAAGUUAAAAAUAAGCUAUGAUAGCUUGGAAGAUGAUGAGAAAUCUAUAUUUCUUGAUGCUGCAUGCUUUUUCAUUGGAUGGAGGAAAGAAAUUUUAAUUUCUUUGUGGGAAGCUUGUGGCUUUGAACCUAUAUCAACAAUAAAAAAACUCACUCAAAGGUCUCUCCUAAAAUUUAUUGCCAAUUUGAGAAAUUCUUAUGAUGAGCUACGGAUGCAUGAUCAAAUUCAAGCCAUGGGAAGGAGCAUUAUCUAUGAAGAAAACCUCAUGGAGCCUGGUAAACGUAGUAGAUUAUGGCAUCAUGAUGAAAUCUUGGAUGUAUUAAAAGAACACAAGGAAACCCAAAGUAUUGAAGGCAUCCUCCCGCCCUCAAAUAAAUUGUGUUGGAAUGUAUGCCUACAUAUGAAAGACUUUGAAAUGAUGUCCAAGAUAAGAUUUCUCUACCUUAAUGGAGCACAUUUGGAAGGAGACUUUCCACAUCUUCCUUCUAGCUUAAGCUGGUUCAGUUGGUGGAGAUGCCCUUCGGAAAUUAUACCGGAUAUUUCUUAUCUCAAGAGACUAGUUUAUAUGAACCUAUCAAACAGCCGGAUUAGACAAGCUUGGACAAACAAUCCUCAGGAUGAAGGUCAGUGUUUCCAAAAGUUGAAAGUUCUCCGCCUCCGAUUUUGUGAUCAUUUAUCUGUGUCUCCUGAUUUUUCAUGGUUUCCUCACCUAGAGACAUUGGAUCUUGGAUGUUGCAAAAAUAUGGUCAAUUUACACCAAACCAUCGGCGAUCUAAAAUCUCUUGUCAAGCUUUACUUGGAUGAUACAGAAAUUGAAGAACUCCCAAACAGUAUUUGCCAAUUGACUAACCUCCAAUUUCUAAAUCUCAGUUCAUGCUCAUCACUUCAAAACUUGCCUAAGUCAAUUGGUGAUUUAAGGUCUCUAGUUACACUUUCCUUGGAUGGGACAAAAAUUCAAGAACUCCCAAAUAGUAUUUGUGGGUUGAGUUCUCUCCAAUCUCUAACUCUCGUUUGUUGCAAAUCACUCAAGAAAUUGCCCGAGUCAAUUGGUGAUCUAAAAUCUCUAGUUACAUUUUCCUUGGAUUGGACGCAAAUUGAAGAGCUCCCGAGUAGUAUUUGCAGACUAAGCUCUCUCCAAUAUCUUACUUUAAAUUGGUGCUCAUCACUAGAGAAUUUGCCAGAGUCAAUUGACAAUCUAAAAUCUUUGGUUGAGUUUUCUAUACAUGGGACAAAAAUUAAAAAACUGCCUAUUGGUGUUGGGCUGUUAGAGAAAUUAGAGAGUUCUUACAUUGGGUGGAAAAGUAAAAAUAUUUGAUGGAUAUGUAUACUUUUCAAGACAUUGAUUGGAUAAGUCAUGUUCUGUUGUCACCUAUUUGUUAUGCAGUAAUUAAUUUUUUGACAUUGAUUACUCUUCCCUACUGUAAUAAGUUUAUCUUGUAAUAACAGUG